AUGGAUGAAGCUCCCAACUGCGCAAUUUGCAAUGCACCUGCCUAUCCAGAAUGUCCCUGUGAGGCGGACAGGCUACAAAUCGCCGUCAAACAAGCCGAGAUGCGGAUGAUGGAAGAUAGACUGGCAGAGAUCCGAGAUUGGGUUAUCAACCAUGCCCGUCAACACAUUCUCAAUGCCUUUGAGCGACUGACGUCCAACCGUAAGGGAAUGCACGCCGCCUAUCUCGCCUCUCUGCCCAACUACGAAAUAUACAUGCGCUACUCUGGCCAUCCGCCUAUCCACCCAAUGUACUUGUCACAGCUGCAGGCGCAAAUAGCAGACGCAAAUGCCGACUUGAAACGCGGCAUAGACGCCGACUGGCGAGCAUCCGUCCUUCGCUAUCCUGAGGUUUUGGACUACUUCUACAGUCUUGUGGAACUUCGAUUGCCGGAUAGCCGAUCGCGGGAAGUCAUUGAGCCUCCCUUCGCAGCUGCAGGUUACGCCGACAGGGGUUACUUGAUGGGUCUCGAGAAAAAGACGAAGAAGAAGAGGAGAGACCGAGAAGGAUCGGUGCAGCCCGAUGUGCAGGCACUCAAUAGAGUCAUGCAUGUACCGCCUCCAGUAGCUACACCCCCGAUUCCAAACUAUCAAGCGCCGCCACCACCUGGAGCCUACCCGUACUAG